AUGCGCUUCCAAAGUCUCCUCGCCGCGGGCCCUGUCUUCAUGGCAACCGUCAUGGCCGCACCCCUCCCAACAGGCGACAACAGCAACAGCAGCAUCAGCAUCAACACCAACAGUAGCUCCUACAACUCGAAUGAAGCCAACAUUACCGGCACUCAGGGGAGUGAAGCCACUGUCACAGACUUGUACCAGCCAGAGGCCCGCGACGCGCCGCGCGUGUGGCAGCGUGAGAACUCAUCAACCAAAUUCAUCAUGCAAGCCGACGUUCGUUGGUGGAUAUCUGCUUCCGUUCGCGGCGAUGUCCCGUUUGUCGACGGUCGUCUCCCUCGGAGAUGUCGCCUCAGCCGGGACAGAUGUCCCUACGACUUGUCGGACCGGGUGUACCACUGCUCGAGAUUUGGUCGCUGUCUCCCCGUCUACGACCACUUCUGCCCAUCCAUCCAGUCGACGGUGUACCUGCGGGCGAUGAAGCCGUACUGCUCCCUGUUGGUAUUUUUGCCACUGGACGCAGUAUUCUUCUUCGUCGUCUCCACUGCUGCUGCCGGCAUGAGCUCCACGCCGCUCAACAUCCCAAUCUCGUCUUCGGUUGCCUCCUCCUGUGUCAUCCUUUUUCUCGUUCUGCUCUCGAAUUCGCCGAUGAAUCUGAGGCGACUGCUUUGGGAAAACCAAGUCUGGCCAGAGCUCAAGGAGGAUCUCGAGAGUGGAGGACGGAAAUGGGUGAUCGCCUUCAAGCACGAUAUUGAAGGCGAAAGGAAACUGCGCCUGAUCAUUGAUUUCGACCAGAACAACUACUGGAAUCUCGGUCCAUCCGGGAACUUCCGGCAAGUGUUCGGUCGAAACUGGUGGCAAUGA